CAGCGCCCCCGGGGUCAGGCCGGGCUCAGAGAGGCUGCGGCCCGAGGCUGCCGCGCCGUUUCCCGGGCGCGGUUCUCUUCUUCGGCCCUUCGUGGAAGCAGCGGCCUUCGCGGGCCCCUGUGCCGCCAGCAGACCGGGCCCCCUUGGCGGUACAUCUCCUGCUCAGCCAUCCUCAGAUGGAAGUCUGCUCCUCAUCUGUUCCUGCCCAAAAGCCUGUUCAAGUCUUGAGGAGCCGUCCUCGAUGCUGCUGGCGGAGCCUGAGUGAGACCCAGUGCCUCCGGGGUCAGGCCUGAAUCAGAGACACUGCAGCCCGGGACAGCCGCAUCAGUUACCUUGCCCUUCUGGAAAUGUGUAGGCGCGGUCCUCUUCUUGGGCAGUCUGGAAGUCUACCCCUCGGGCCUCGGCUCCUGUUCCAGAGGAGCAGAAACGCUCUUUGACUGCACACAAGGACUAGACAGCAGAAGCUUAGAGAAACCCCAGGAAUCCCUUUGUGCUCUGUUCCAGCCUGUCCAAGGUUCUGACACCUCAUGGUACAUCUCCUGCUCAGCCAUCCUCAGAUGGAAGUCUGCUCCUCAUCUGUUCCUGCCCAAAAGCCUGUUCAAGUCUUGAGGAGCCGUCCUCGAUGCUGCUGGCGGAGCCUGAGUGAGACCCAGUGCCUCCGGGGUCAGGCCUGAAUCAGAGACACUGCAGCCCGGGACAGCCGCAUCAGUUACCUUGCCCUUCUGGAAAUGUGUAGGCGCGGGCCUCUUCUUGGGCAGCUUCCGGAAGUCUACCCCUCGGGCCUCGGCUCCUGUUCCAGAGGAGCAGAAACGCUCUUUGGUCCUGUGUCCUGGUUCCCACCAGUGGUCAUCUUUCUUUGAGCUAUCGGAGGAGUCUGAGGUGGACAUCUUGCCACCCGGGGACUGGAACUGACUUUUGAGAGGGACCCUUAGGUAUGAAAGGAGAUUUGCUGGUAGGGUUAAGACCAGAGGGUUUGAGGGGUCCACAAGGUCCCUGGCGAUUAGUCUUUGUUUCUUAUUUCUUUACUUUUGAGAGGGACCCUUAGGUAUGAAAGGAGAUUUGCUGGUAGGGUUAAGACCAGAGGGUUUGAGGGGUCCACAAGGUCCCUGGCGAUUAGUCUUUGUUUCUUAUUUCUUUAUUUCAAAGGAAGAGAGAAAUAUUUCAUCCCUUAGUUUCCUUCCCUAGUGCCCACAACAGCUGGAACUGUAUCUGAAGCCAGGGCCUGGGAACUCAAUCCAAGUCUCCUAUGUGAGUGGCAGGGAUGGAAGUACUUGAGCCUUCACCUGCUGCCUCCCAGGGUGGAUUAGCAGGAAGCUGGAAUCAGGACUUCAGCCAGGACUUGAUCCUGGGCACUCUAACAUGGGCUGUGGGGAUUCCAGCAGUGGCUUAGCCACUAUACCAGAAGCCAUUCCUUGAUUAGUCUUCCGUUCCCUCCUUCACAGGGUGGCUGGCUGCUUGGGAGGGGUUUGCAUCACCACUGCUAACAGGGCCUGCUGCAUAAUUUUGUGAGCGCCUUGUUCCUAAGGCAGGGAUAAAGUGCCACUAAAGGUACUAAGUCAUAAAGCUCUUUCCUUUCUCCCGCAUACCUCCUUGGCUCAGCCUCAUGUUCUUUGGACUCGCUUACAAACCGAGGAUUUUGAGUCACCACCAGCAGAGGUUUACACCCAGUGAAGGCCCUUCUGAGUACCAGCGCUGUGUGAUGGCUCCUUUGUGACCAUGUAGGCUGCGCCCGUGAGGUUGGCCUUGGCUGCUGAGUAUAAUCCAUUGGCUGUGACUGUAUAAGAUUACAUUGUAUUCCAACAUAAGCGGUUGCUAUUUUGUAUGAUAAUUCUGAUAUUUCACCAUUAAAGCAAUGCUGCAGGGAGCAACGUGGAUUAUCCAUACCAGAGCAUUCCUGGAACUGUUUUGAUGACUUGUGUUAGUUCAGAAUCACUAGGUCUUUGCUAGCAUUCUGCAGUAGGCAAUGGCAUUGCAGGCCAGCUCUCUCCCUAGCACAAGGCUGACCGCGUUGAAAUUUACACAGGUGUUGAACAGAUCUCCGCACCUGCAGUGUGGAAAAGACUAGAGCAGUGCCCUCUUGUGCCUGACUGCCCUUCUUUCUGCCUCUUUGCUUUGUACAUUAUUAAAUGUGCUCUCAAACCACUAGGACUCACAGCUGAAAAUAAAGUAGGUUGGUGGACAGUCACAGACAGCACUGUCCACUCACCAGGCCCGGGUUGUUUCUCCUUAAGCACUGUACCAGAUGCCCUACUCCACCCAUUAAUAACUCUUGUCCUUUCCGAGUUGUUAGCUGUGUCAUAAAAUUUCUAGAUUUCUGAGGGGUUUUGUAAAUCUUAAAGUAGAAGAUAAGAACUUUUGCUGCCAGUGUUUUGGCUUAGCUGGUAAAGCCGCCCCCCAUGAUACCAACAUCCCAUAUGGACGCUGAUUCAGAUUCCCAGAUCCACUUCCAAUCCAGCUCUCUGCUAAUGCACUUGGGAGGGCAGCACAAGAUAGCCCCAGUGCUUGGGCUCCUGCACCCACGUGGGAAAGCCAGAAGAGGCUCCUGGCCAUUGUGGCCAUCUGGGGAGUGAACUAGUGUAUGGAAGACCUCUCUCUUUCUCUUUUCUCUUUCUCUUUCUCUUUCUCUCCCUCUCUUUCUGUAACUGUGCCUUUAAAAUAAAUAAAAUGUUUUUUUUUUUUAAAAAGAACCUUUAACCAUUCAAAGAAAGCCUCAAGUAGAAAGAAGAAGAAUCUUGCAGACCCACAGUACUCACUGACCUAAAAUCUUGCCUGAAAUUCUUGUUGAAGUUUGCUGAUAUUUAUAAUUUCUGAUGAUUAUAAUUUCUGAUGAUCAUCAGAAAUGACACAUACUGACUUGUGUGAAGUGAGCUAGUAGAUAUUCUUGGCCUGUGUAAAAGUCACGUCUGCUAGUUUUACAAGAUGUAACUGCUACGCUCCUGAGCUACUCGAGAGCUGUUGGGUAGAGAUGUUAUUACUGGCAGAGUCGUCACACUGCACAGCCCCCAUGGGCAUCGUUACGCCCUGUGACUGGCAUUUCCAGGGCUAGUGCUGUGCACACUGGGGAGGCCUUACCCACAGGUGGUGUGGUGUCUGCACAAUGUCUGCAUGAUGGUUCUCCCUCAUUUGGAUGGCUGGUAGGGUUCUGUUAGUACACAGCCCCUCAACUUGUGACUUUUCAAAAUUGCUCAAGCACGCGUUUUUGAGUCACCUCGGAGGGGAACAGUUGGGGCCCUGGGGGAUUGAUUGCCCACUGUUCUAGAGACUAGAACAGACCUACCCUUGCCUCCUGGAACUUUCUCUGAGUUAGAAACCUCUUAGAGUUAUUAUAAAUCCUUGAAAUAUUUUAUUUCAUGGUGUAUCUUUAAGCAGAGGUAUCUUAAAUUAGUGCAGCAAUCAUAGACUUAUUUUUAUUAUAUUUUUAUUAAGUAGGAGGGAGGAAAGCAUUGUUGGUCAGCGCACAUGGUGCUUAACGUGGAAUCUGGAGGUGGAGAUGGUGUUUUCUUACUUCAGAGUUUGUGAUUUCCAACUCUUGCCAAGGGUAAACACUAGAAUUAGGUCUAGGCUGUGGUUCUAGCUGGUAUGCCUCUGUUUCAAAUUUCAUCUCGCUUCUGCUUGGCAUCAAGAUUUCCAGCUUUCCAAGGCUGGCCGCAAAUUCAAAUCAAGUGUCUAAACCAGUAGUUAGAGGAAAAGAUCCCGCAGUGGUAAUGGUACUGCUAAAUGACCUAAAUACCCAUCCUACAUUUUUUUUUCCUGUCAAGAAAAAAAAAAUGGACACCUGCCAAGGCUGUGUAUGAGAUUCUAAGCAUGAUUUUCAUCACACUCUGCCCUGAGCAGUAGGGAGAGGAGAGCCUGCCUUCAAAAAUCUGUCUUGAGGUGUUCUGAAUUUCAGGACCGCCUUAAGUUGGCUGGUGGAUGCCCUCAAUCUAUGUUUCUUUGUAAAAAUUUUCUGGUGUUAUGGAUGGAAGAAAAUCAUCACUGCUCCCAUAAAUUGUUUUUAGAAAUUUAUUUAUUUGAAAGUCAGAGUUACAGAGAGAAGGAGAGGCAGAGAGAGAGAGAGAGAGAGAGAGAGCGAGUUUCCAUCUGCUGGUUCCCUCCCCAAUUGGCAGCAACGGCCAGAGCUAAGCCAAUCUGAAGUCAGGAGCCAGGAGCUUCUUCCUGGUCUCCACGCAGAUGCAGGGGCCCAAGGACCUGGGCCAUCUUCCACUGCUUUCCCAGGCCACAGCAGAGAGCUGGAUCAGAAGUGGAGCAGCCGGGGCUCGAACCAGCGCCCAUAUGGGAUGCUGGCAUUGCAGGUGGCAGCUUUACCUGCUACGCCACAGUGCCGGCCCCUGCUCCCAUACUUUCAAGCGCUGCAGCCAAAGCAUUUUUUUCAGUGCCUUACCCUCCACCUGUGCUUCAUUAGAAUUAAGCACAGAGUAAAGCAUUAGUGACUGUGAUCCUGCUGUGUGCCAAGGUUAUGGGCGCCUGUCUUAGCCCCAGCAACGGGAUCACCAUGCACCUUCCACCAGGGAGGGAUCCAGCUGCACGAUUCAAUCCUGAAGACAGACUCUCAGUGACCACUCCUGAUCUCAAUGCUCUUGGUCAAGGUUCCCAAGAAAGCAGAGACUGAGAUUUAAAAAAAAAAAAAAAGUGCUAAUAAUUUAUUAAGACGUGCAGUUUCAGGAAAUCCAAGGUCAAGAAGAAUGAGGUGGAGCAAGAGGAAGAGCCAACACAGAGGUGCACCACAGAGGUGUCCACGGCUUAGUAUCUACACGGCUAAUAAUUCAUUCCCUUGGGGUCAUCUUGCAAGAGGCCAUUUAAAGUGGGGUGGGCAUUUGACCCAGCAAUGAAGACUCCAAUUAGGAUGACCACAUCCCGCAGUAGAGUGCCUGGACUUAAGAAUGACCUUCAAUUCCUGAGAGCAGGAGUGCUUCGGUAUACAAUGACGUGAUGAGCUCUUCCAGCCAGAAGACACUGUCUCACUGUUGGCACCUCUGCUGGGGCCGCUCCUGCAGUAUUUCCUGGUGAAAGGACACAUAAAGCGAGGGUACAUACGCUGAUUCGAGUAAGAGAGUGUGCGUUUCAGAACCUCAGCUGAGGACGCCCCGAAAAUCAUUGAGCGUGCAGAAACCAACAACUCCCUCAUGUUAGUUGGAUGCUAAUUCAGUGUAAGCUGGCUGACUAUGCGCUCAACUGUGAGAGAGAAUAUGACUUAGUAACGCUUCAAAUGCUGCAAAUUUGUCUUUGGAGACUCUUCCAAAAGGAAGAUCAUGGCUACUGCACCUGCUGUGGCAGGUGAAAAGUCAAGCUCCAGUGACAGUGACAGUGACACUGAAAAUGAUAGCUCUGAAGCCAGUGAGACCACGGAGAGCGUGUCCUCUUUUGAUCAAUUUGAAGAAGAAGAUGACCUGAGCUCAGAAGGCAUCGUAGAAGAGCCAACUUCCAGGCAACUGCAGUUUGAAAUCAAUGAAGAGACACCUCCAGGAGCUGAAGCUACAGUUGAGAACAGCUGUCAGUUGGGAGAAUCAGGAUUAACUGAAUGUGGGGAAAUUCUAAAGAAACUCUCCAGGUACCUUUGGGCCCACCUGUCAAAAUCCGAGAGGGUCAGCUUGCUGAAAGACUUCGUUGAAUCUGAAUUUUUUUUGAUUGAUGGAGAUUCCUUACUCCUCACUUGUGCUCUCCAUGUGAACCUCAAGAUGGGGCAAACCCUCCACUUCUUCUACAUUAUGGAGCGGUUUCUGCACGACUUCAUUCAAAAGGAAGCCAGAUUUGUAAUCGUCUUUUUUAAGGAUGCAGAAAAUAUAUAUUUUAACUGCCCUCAUUUUCUGGCCCUUCGUACUGCCCUGAUUCAACAUUUAGAAUACAAUACUGAUGUCACUGUUCAUACUGAGUUUUCCAAUUGUUUGUCUCCAGAAUGGAACACAUUUCUUGAGGAAUGCUACCCGCAUUUCUUGGUCAUCUCAGAUGAAGGAAUAACCGCUCGACAAACAGAUUUUUUAAACAUUUUUAUCAUUCAUGCUCUUCAGAAGAAAAUCAAUAUAGUACAGCCCUUGGGGCUAGAGUCGGAUGUCCUUAGAAUUUAUGGAUACCAUACCUCAAGUCGCUUUGAGCACAGACAAUUCUUUGAAAUGCAUGAGAAACAGCUGCGACAUGCCUUACAUGCCCAUGUGGUUUUCCAAAAGUCACAGGAAGCAAGAAUAUCUGUGUGUGGUCAUUUGAAAUUAAAUGUGGAAGACCUGCAGAAAGAGGUGCAUCAAACCCUGUCCUUGCUUCAGGACCUGUGGCCACAAGGAGCUGAAAUCCGAGGUGUUGUCUGCUCCGUUUCAUGUUCGGUGGCACUAAAGCUCUACAAAAAAAUGUUACUAGAUUUAGAAGACCGUGAAAACCCAAACACAUACACAGAAAACUGUGAUACACAGGAUUUGAAGGAGGCACCCACACUCAGUGAAGCAGCAGACCUGUGCCGAAUGUACUGUCUCAGUGUGAUUUUCCUUCAGCAUUUACCUCUGAUCCAAAGAGCUAAGAGUAGAAUCAUUACUCAUAAAUGGGAUGCAACACUUUCUCCAUUUCUAAGAAUG